UGGGUGAAGAAGAGUUGCCCUCUGAGCAGCAGGAGAGGAUCUGCAGUCUGGACCAGGACCAGGACCAGGAGGAGCCAGAGCCCCCAUACAUUAAAGAGGAACAGGAGGAACCUUGGACCAGUCAGGAGGGAGAGCAGCUUCAGGGGCUGGAGGAGGCUGAUAUCACCAAGUUCACAUUCACUCCUGUCCCUGUGAAGACUGAAGAAGAUGAAGAGAAACCUCAGUCCUCACAGCUUCAUCAAACACAGACUGAACAGAUGGAAACAGAAGCUGAUGGAGAGGACUGUGGAGGACCACAACCAGACAGGAACUCUGAUCCAGAUCCACAUUUACCUCCUGAUACUGCAGACUCUUCUGAACCUGAGACUGAUGACAGUGGUGAUUGGAAGGAGACCAGAGAACCUCAGUCAGGGUUGGACUGUUUGAAAAAAGAUGGCUACCCUGUCAGAGAUUCCUCGUUUCGUGCUGGUGAGAAAAGAUUUCGCUGCUCUGAGUGUGGGUCAAGAUUUGGCGAAAAGUGCGAUUUGAAGAGACACAUGAGAAUCCAUACAGGAGAGAAACCAUUCAGCUGCUCAGUUUGUAAGAAAGCUUUUACACAGAGUGGACAUUUAAAGUCACACAUGAGAGUCCACACAGGAGAGAGACCUUUCAGCUGCUCAGUUUGUAAGAAAACUUUUACACAGAGUGGAAUGUUAAAGGGACACAUGAGACUCCACACAGGAGAGAGACCAUUCAGCUGCUCAGUUUGUAAGAAAACUUUUGCACGGAGUGGACAUUUAAAGUCACACAUGAGACUCCACACAGGAGAAAAACCUUUCAGCUGCUCGGUUUGUAAGAAAACUUUUACAUGGAGGGAAACUUUAAAGUCACACAUGAGACUCCACACAUGAGAGAAACUUUUCAGCUGCUCAGUGUGUG